CCCAAGGGCAUUUGAGUGUAGUAAUUAGCUGUUGAUCUGCAAAAUUUACAAACCUGCCUGCCUGUGCCUUGGCCAGGCAGCUCUGCCCACAGGGAGGCAACCAAGAAUUUAAAGCGGCAACAAGAUCGUCGGCGGCGCCGGAUCCUGCUCCGCCUUGUUAUCUCCGCCCCGCAACCCCCACGCCCGAACCUGCAGCCGAGCCGAGAUGCAUCUGAGCGAGAACGAGGGGAUCGAGGGCGUGCGGUUCGCGGUGACCGGCGGGCAGGGCUUCGUCGGCGCCGCCCUCUGCUUGGAGCUGAUCCGCCGCGGCGCCCUGGAGGUCCGCUCCCUCGACCUGCGCGCCUCCUCCUCCUGGUCCCAGCAGCUCCUCGACGCCGGCGUCCGCUUCUUCCAAGGGGAUGUUCGGAAGAAGGAGGAUGUGGAGAAGGUCUUCCGCAACGUGGACUGUGUCUUCCACCUUGCUUCAUAUGGCAUGUCAGGGAAAGAAAUGGUACAGGCAGGACGAACAGAUGAGAUCAAUAUAAACGGGACGUGCAAUGUACUGGAUGCUUGCCAUGAGCAUGGUGUCAGAAGGCUUGUGUAUGUAAGCACAUACAAUGUGGUGUUUGGGGGAAAGCCAAUUGUCAAUGGCAGUGAGACGUUGCCUUAUUUUCCCAUCGAAGACCACGUUGAUGCUUAUGGGCGUAGCAAAUCGAUAGCUGAACAGUUGGUGCUGAAGAGCAAUGGUCGGCAAGCUAAGAGUAAUAAAGGUACCCGUCUUUAUACAUGUGCAAUACGCCCGGCUGCUAUCUAUGGUCCAGGUGAAGAGCGUCAUCUUCCAAGAAUCCUGUCUCUUGGAAAAUUGGGAUUAGCAUCUUUCAGGAUUGGGGCUCCAAAUGUGAAGACAGAUUGGGUCUAUGCUGAUAAUCUUGUUCUUGCACUGAUAUUGGCAAGUAUGGGCCUUUUAGAUGACAUUCCUGGCAGGAAGGGAACUCCUGUAGCAGCUGGUCAAGCAUACUUCAUAUGUGAUGGAGCGCCUAUUAAUAGUUUCGAUUUUAUCAUCAGUCCCUUAUUUCGAAGUUUGGGCUAUGCUGUUCCUCGAGUUACACUAGAUACCUCUGUUGCCCUCGCAAUUUCAAGAAUCAUUUUGUUCAUGUCCACACUACUCUAUCCAUGGUUAGAUAGUAAAUGGAUUCCUCAGCCUCUUAUUCUUCCUGCUGAAGUAUACAAGGUAGGUGUUACACAUUACUUUUCAUAUCUGAAAGCUAAAGAGGAACUCGGCUACGUGCCUGUGACGAGUCCACAGGAAGGCCUGGCCGCAACGAUCUCCUAUUGGCAAGAGCGAAAGAGGAGAGAGCUCGAUGGCCCGACGAUAUUCACCUGGGUUGCAGUAAUAAUCGGGAUGCUGGCUGUGUUCUCCGCCGCUUUCCUUCCACCCGUCGGUCCGCUCAAAUGGGUGCUCGCCAUCCAUCUCUUCGUUUUCCGCUCGGUGCUGGCGAUCCGGAUAGUCUUUGUGGCUGCGAUCGCGGCGCACGCGGGCGAAGGCGUCUACGCCUGGUUCCUGGCGAAGAAGGUCGACCCGAGGAACGCGACGGGGUGGUUUUGGCAGACCUUUGCCCUGGGGUUCUUUUCCCUCCGGUUUCUGCUCAAGAGAGCGAGAGCGGGAGCGGGAGCGUGAUUUGUGUGUUGUGCUUCACCUACUCUCUGGGAAUUCAGUAACAAUGGAUUCCAGUAGAAAUUCCCCAGCGGUUGUAAACCCCGGUGCUGUGUAAAAUGCCCACCCUGAGGUUUCUGUAAUGUACUGUACUCUAUCAGGCGUGCAUGUCCGUCGCCUUGCCAUGUUUUACUCGAGUUUGGCAUUGAA